GAAUAUGUUCGUCCUAUUCAGUUAAGGAAGAGUUUACACAAAGACUGAAUAGAAUCCAUGUUUCUGGGUGAUUCGAGAGUUCAUGCUUCAUAUAAUCAUGUCUUUAACACGACGUUGAAAUUUUUUAUCUUAAAAAAUAUCGUAUUAUUUCAAGAAAUUUGUUGAAAUAUUUAACGUUAUUUGUAAACGUUACAAGGAAGAUAAACAAAGAGAAAUAAAAAAAAUUUUGGUGUUCACUUUUGAUGCCAGCUGUCGUUUAUUUUUUAUAUUAUCUGUGAACUCACUCUUUCUAUAAUUUAUUUAAGGUAUCAUUCUUUUUAUUCAAUGGGGCAAAUAAUUGACGAUAAAGAAAAUAGAAGAGGUGUCGAAGAUGUUAAUAAUUCUUCGGAUGAAAUGAGUGACAAUGUUCGAUUUGGAAUGGGCGAGCAUCUCAUAAGGACAAGAUCUGGUCGCCUUCUUAGAAUGAGCAGCACAAGGGCAAGACUACAUGAAAGAUCCAGGCAAAAAAGACAAGUGCUGCAAGAUAUGGCAAAGCCGUUAAAACAGUGGCUGAUAAGACAUAGAAAUAAUCCUUAUCCAACGAAAUCAGAAAAAGUUACAUUGGCCUUAGGUUCACAAAUGACAUUGGUUCAAGUAUCGAAUUGGUUCGCCAAUGCGAGAAGAAGACUAAAAAACACGGUACGCGAUCCAGAUUUGAGUUGGAGCCAACGUAUUCGAUUGUACAAUAGUUAUGUUUCGGGCAAUGCAGAGCCCUUAAGUAUCAGUUCUGAUGAUAGUUUAUGGGACAGUGGUGAUGAGGAAAAUUAUAUUGACGAAUGUCCGAGGUAUCAUAUAGAACACGAAGAACACAGUUAUUCAGCUACAACACCUCAACAAUUAGAAAACAGCCGGAAGAGGAAAAAUAGUGAGUCAGAUGACGAAGAAAAUCCUGCCAAAAAGCAAAAAUCAGAGAUUCCAAACGGAGAAGAAUAUCCUGGAAGAGAAACUCCUGCUAAAUAUAAGACUACAAUUUUGCAACGGUAUUUGAAUGAUGCUAGUAAAGAAACGUUAACAAGAUCAUAUACAGCCGAAAGACAACAGUCGAUAUCGGAAGAAGACAAUCCAAAAGAACAGAAAAUCGAAAAUAAUCAUAACUGGUCUGAACUAGAUGCAGCAGAAGUCUUGACAAGUCUUUCAAGAAGCGAAGAUAAAGAAUCCUUAUCUCUUGCAUAGAUCAGAGAUUUUAUUUGUUUAUCGCAACAUUCAAAUUUCUUCGAUUGAUUCUGAUAAGAUAAAUUGGUUUUUAAAAUCUAAUUUUACACAGUAGAUCUCAAAUGUUUCCUUCUUUAUCCAAAGGACAUAAAAAGAAUCGAUAAAAUUGAAGUACAUUGGGUCCAAAAGAGGAAAAAAAAAACAAAAUGGUUCCAGAAAAAAGUAAAAACA